UUAUCAUCCAACUGUUGGCAUUAGGCCGAUCCUAGUCGUAAGCGAGACCGAGACACGAGACGUUGAGAUGCAGCCUGCCGGACGGGGCUUAUGUGAUAUAUAUCAUUUAUUCGGCAUGGAUAAAGUAUAAAAAUGUUCCGAAAGCAACCGAUUGACAGAGUACUGAUGAUCGUAUAGUGGCUAUCUCGGAAGCAUGACUGGAGCCACGAAAUUUGGGCAAGAUCUCGGGCAUGCAUGCCAGCAGUCCGAGACACAUGUCACGUUUGAUUAACUGGAAUCAAAUUCAACGGUUGAUAAAGAGUGGCAUCCUCGAAAUCCUCAUGUCUCGGUCUCGGUCUCGCUUACGACUAGGAUCGGCCUUAGUAGGUUCGUAGAUACGCUCGCAAGAAGUGCUGCUCGUAUCUUCCAGUUUUUGGCAAUCUCAAGUUAAUAAAUUCAAGUCCAAUCCAGUCCAACCAUCAUGACGUCCCACAUGUCGGUGUCAACCUCGGAAGAGGAGAGCGUUGAAGAGCUUGAUAUCAGUGCUCUAUCGUUUGAAUUUCGUGGAGAUCAUGUCCCCGUCACAGUGGCAUCCACUGUGACUCCUGGAGAAGCUCAAAUGGUGAUGGAAUGCAAGCAAUUCACCAACUGGGUAGCCCGCUGCGAACAGACAUAUGGCAACAAACUGCUCAAGAUGCAUUCGGUAGAGAUCCAAUCGGUGGAUCCCUUUGGGCAACGAGGUGUUGGAUUUGUCAAGAUCAAUGCGCACUGUACAUUGGUAGAAGGCGACAUGGAGCAUGAACAGAGAUUAAAGGGUAUCUGCUUCUUAAAGGGAGACUCGGUGGCCAUUCUGGUGGCAUUGCAUGCCGAAGAUGGAAAGGUGUACUCCUUGUUGGUCGAACAAGCUCGUGUCGCGAUUGGCCAGAUUUCCGCCUUGGAACUUCCCGCUGGAAUGUUGGACGAUGAUGACGACGAUGAUCCACGCAUCGCGGCCGUGAAAGAUUUGGAGGAAGAAUGUGGUCUUACCGUCCAAAAAGACGAUCUCGUCGAUUUAACCGAAGCUGCAUGCCAAGAAGCCAUGGAAGCGGGUCAUUUGCCGUAUCCGGGGAUUGCACCGUCGGCAGGAGCUUGCGAUGAAGUCAUACGGUACUUUUACGUCGAAAAGUCCGUCACACCCGAGCAAUUGCAAAAUCUACAAAACAAAAUUAUCCCUGCCACGGAAUUUGGAGAAACCAUCAAUCUACAUGUCGUUCCUUGGGAAAAGGUCUGGAAAAUCUCGGGGGACUCCAAAACCAUGAUCGCCAUGUUUUUACUCAAUCAACUGCGUGCCGAGGGAAAAGUUCCUGCUGCAGGAGAACUCAAGACUCCUCUGGUCGAAACGCAUUGUUGCACAAAGGAGGCUCCCGUGGCAGACUUAACAGCCGCGGAACCCAUGUUGAGCAUGGUAGAUGGUACUCCCAUUCCACAAUUGGCAUUCUCGCUCAACCUGGUGCCGCCCACCAAAGCGGGGGAAGAAAUCAUUGAAAACGCCAUCAAGGCAGGAUAUCGUCACUUUGACACAUCGCAAUUCUCACGAAAUGAAAAGACGCUCGGAAAAGUGCUUCGUGCCAGUGGAAUUCCUCGGGAGGAAUUCUUUAUUUGCUCCAAAGUCUGGAAUGAAGCGCAGAAAUGUGGCAGAUUUGCCGUACGAAAGAGUGUCGAGCGGUCGUUGAAGGACUUGAACUUUGGUGACUACUUUGAUCUGUUCAUGUUGCAUUGGCCCGUACCGCGGUAUUAUGUGGAGACAUACAAAGAGCUGGAAGAUCUAAAGAAAAAAGGCUUGAUUCGUCAAAUUGGGUUCCGAAACUUUAGCGAACGAGAGUUCAAAAUGUUGGUCAAGCAAAAGAUCGAGAUCCCUCCUGCCGUUGCUCAGGUUGAUCUUUCGCCCGCGAUGUGCCCUCACUCAAAGGUACUGUACUUUCAGCAGAAAAAGGUCUUGGUGGCAGCCUCGCAUGCCUUGAACCGUGGAAAAUCGUUUGAGGAACCCGUUAUCAUGGAGCUUGCCCAUAGACACAAAGUCACAGCGGCGCAGGUCAUGAUUCGGUGGUCGAUGCAGAAGGGCUUUGUCGUUGUUUCUCGGUCACAAAAGCUAGCUCACAUGAUUGAGAAUCGGCAAGUUACCCACUUCGAGCUCACGCACGACGAAAUGCAAAGCCUCGAUGACCUGACCGAUGAGGCUGACCUCAAGAGGAAGAGCGCACGUGACUUUAUGAGGAAGACUUCGAUGUAG